CGCUGAGCCGGCCGAGCCCGGCCGAGCCCCGGGGCAGCGGCGUGCCGGGGCCAUGCCAUGCCCGUAGGGAGAGAUGCCUUUGGGAAAUGGAGACACUGGAUCACAGCGCAAACAUGGCGCCCCCGCGGCGCGGCUGCCGCUGCCGGGCUGGUGCCUGCUCUGCUCGCUGCUGUGCGGGGGCAUCGCGGCCGGCCCGGCCCCCGCCUGCCGGCCCUGCGCCCCGGGCUGUGCCUGCGCCGCGCCCGCCUGCGCCGUCAACUGCUCGGCCCGCGGCGUGGAGCGCCCGGGGCCCGCCGUGCCCGCCGCCGCCACCGCGCUGGAUCUUUCCAACAACAAGAUCAGUGGUUUAGAUGUUCAGCUAUUCAGAAGCCUGACUUCGCUGGCAAAGCUAGAUAUAAGCCACAACCAGAUUUCUACAUUAGAAGAUGGAAUAUUUGAUAAUUUAUUUAAUUUAAGUGAAAUAAACUUAAGUUGGAAUCCAUUUGUUUGUGACUGCAAACUGUCCUGGUUGCCCCGCUGGGUGGAAGACAGAAAAGUGAGAGUUCUUGAGGCGUCAGACACGAGAUGUGCCCACCCCCCCGAGGUGGCAAACCUGUCCCUCUUCGACAUCCCAUUCCCCAAUGCCACCUGUGGAGCUCAGUACAUCACGUGUCUGACAAGCAACCACACGGAAGGGGCUGAACUUGUCAUCCUCUUCACGCCUGUGCACACCGGGAACCUCAGCGAGGAGACCUGCAGUGCCCUGUGCUACGCCCAAGACCAGGAGUACGGAGGUUUCAGCUCCCUGGGGCAGUGUCUGUGUGGAACUGCCCAUGAAACAAACUCUUCCUCUGGCUGUUUGCCAUUUUGCACUGAGCAUUUGUCCGGGCAGGGCUGUGGUGGCCCGUCACUCGUCCCCUCGCCCUUCCAGGCACAGCUGCCUGUGUCUUUCACAGGACUCCAGCCCCGGUACGGCCUCCACCAGGCUGUGCUCUUCAAUGUCAGUAUUCCCAUCGCUGUCAGCACUUUACUGUGGGAAUUUGGGGACCAGACAGAGGUUCUCAACACCACUGGAAAUGCAGCUGUGCACACGUAUGCCUUACCUGGGCGGUACAAUGUCACUGCCACCAUCCUGGUGGGCACCAAGGUCUUGUACGAGCAGACAGAAGUUGAGGUGGUGGCUUCACCCCAACAGCUGGAACUGCAGUGUCCUUCCUUGGUCAAGACGAAUGAGAGUCUGGACAUCCGGAUCCGCAACAGAGGCGGCACCGGCCUCGUGGUGCUGUACGGGAUCACACAGGCUGGAGAGCUGGGCAGGGCAGUUCACCCCAUGUGCCCCCCCGAUGGCUUGGUGUUCCCGGGCAAUAACCACUGCUACCAGCUGGUGGUGGAGAAGGCGGAGUGGCUGGAGGCCCAGCGGCACUGCCAGGAGCACGGCAACGGAGAACUGGCUUUUGUCAGCAGCCCCGAGAUCCAGAGCUUCUUGGUUGCUCAUGUCAUCAGGAGCCUCGAUGUCUGGAUUGGAUUCAAUGAUUUUGCAAGCUCUGGAGCGCAGCAAAGAGGGGAAGGAUUUAAUCUGGAGAGCUGUCAGAACUGGCUGCCAGGAGAACCCCAUCCCUCCAACGCUGACCACUGCGUCCGGAUGGGCCCGACGGGCCAGUGCAACACCGACCUGUGCAUGGCCAAGCACAGCUACGUCUGCGAGUACAAACCCAAAGGAGUUCUCCUAAAUGCUGAAAACUUCUUUGAGGGCGAUAUUGUGUUUGACACACCCGAGGCCGUGAGGAACCUGACUGGAGCUGUGCUGUCAGAGCCAUGGCAGGCUGAGGAGGUGAUGGAGUUCCCUGAGCUGGCAUUCAGGCACGAGGGGUAUCUGACUGCCCUGGAGUUUGUGACACAGGAUCUGCAUCAGCCCAUCCAAGUGAGGUUCCAGGUGCACAGGCCGAUGGAUGGAGAAGACUACCAGGAGGGAAGCAAUGCUACGGAACCAUUCCACCCUGCUCAGGAUGACGGGAACUGGACGCUGCUGGAAUGUCCUCCUGGUUUCCAGUGGUGUCAUUUGACUGAUUUGUGCUCGUCCCACAACAACUGCUGCAACGCAACCGAAUGUGCCAACAACAGUUCCUUUGCCAGCAGCCCUGCCCCCGGGGCCCUGCAGCCCAAUGACAGCCAACCCAGCUAUGAACUCCACCAGGAAUUUCUCUUUACAGUACCAGCUGGCCCCUCUUCCCGGUAUCAGGUCUCAUUCAGAAAAGAAAAUAUCUUUGUCAGGGCUGGGGAUGUCUUCAGCAUCCAGCACAAUGCAGGCUCGGGCUCCUUCCUGCAGUGCCAGCCCAGUGCCACAUCCCCAUCCAGAACCAACGUGCUCCGUGUGAACUCCUCCGAGUGGGUGCCAGGCCCGUCCGAGGGCUCCGUGGGCCCCCGCUGGGUGAACAGCACCGUGUGCUCGCUGCGUGUCCGCUAUGCCGAGGAGCAGCUGGUCCCGGUGCUCAGCCCCCACAACGCGGGGCUGGACCAGCUCGGUCUCUACACGGUCAGAGCCAGCGUGGACAGCGGGGUCUUCAGCGCCAACCUGUCCUGCAGCUUCCGGGUGGCCUCACGGGUGUCGGGCCUGCGCGUCAUCCACCCCGCUCCCCAGGGCAGCAGGGUCUACCUGCCCACCAACCACACCACCCUGGUGCUCAAACUGUCCUCGGGGGUGAACGCCACGGCCACCUGGCUGGGGGACAACCGCAGCGUGCCCUUCACGGGGGCCUGCCCGGCGGCCGUGGCACCGCUCACGGCGCAGUGUGCCAGGGACAACAACGACACCUGGUUCGCUGUGGUGCAGCUGAGCGGCCUCAGGGAGGGGCUCAGCACCCACGUGCUGGUGGCGGAGAACGCCGUGAGCUCCCAGAACAUCACGGUCACGGUGAAGGUGGAGGAGCCGAUCCGCGGGCUGAGGGCCACCCCGGACCCCGAGAGCAGGGUCCUGCUGAACACACGGGUGAGCUACAUCCCUGUGAUGGAGGCUGGGUCAGAUGUGACUUUCCGAUGGACAGUAGAUGAUAAGCCAUCUUUCACUUUUUACAAUGUUGUCUUCAACGUUAUCUACCAAAGCCCAGCCGUGUACAAGCUUUCGCUCACCGCCUCCAACCACGUCAGCAACUUCACGGUUAAUUACAACGUCACGGUGGAGAUGAUGAAUAAGAUGAAGAACCUGACGGUGGUGGGUGUCCUGCCAGUCCUGCCCCAGAACAGCACUGUGGAGCUCACGGCGAGGGUGCACGUUGAUUCGGCUGUGGAGGCUCUGUUCCUGUGGGAUUUUGGAGAUGGUGUCCAGGAGACAUACCUGUUCAAACCUCCCUACAACAAGUCUUUCCUUGUUCCUGAUCCCAGUGUCCAUGAGGUUGUCAUUGAGCACAAUGUUUCACACAUCUACCAAGACCCAGGAGAAUAUGCCCUGAUGGUUGUCGUGUCCAACCAGUUCGAGAACCUCACACACUUGACCCCAGUUCACGUCCACAGUUACCUGGUUGACGUGAAGGUGGAAGCAGAGGAGGAAGUUUUAGUCGUGAGCCGCCCGGUGACCUUCCGAGCCCAUCCCCUGCCAUCCCCCUAUGGCGUCGUGUACACCUGGGACUUCGGGGACAGGUCCCCCCUGCUCACAGACAUCCAGCCUACAGUGACCCACAGCUACGCCCAGAGAGGGGUGUACAACGUCACCGUGACAGCCAACAACACCGUGAGCAGUGUGGAGACAGUGGAGUGCUACCAGGUGUUUGAGGAGAUCACCGGGCUCCGUGUUUCCGCGGGCGAGGCAGCAGAGCUGGGAGCGUCUGUCACCAUCAACGCCUCCGUGCAGACCGGGGACAGCAUCACCUGGGUGUUCGACCUGGGGGACGGGACGGUGCUGAGGAGUCAGGAGCCAGUGGUGGAACACGUGUACAUAAAGGACAUCAACUGCACUGUGAAUGUGACUGCUGUGAAUCCCGUGAACUCCAUCUCCCAGACUGUUCCUGUUCGGAUAUUUGUCCUGGAAGUGCUCAAAAUAGAGCCAGCUUCUUGCAUCCUGGAGCACCCGGACGUGCAGCUCACCGCGUACGUGACGGGGAAUCCUGAGGAGUACAUCUUUGACUGGACUUUCGGAGAUGGCUCCUCCAAUGUCACAGUCAGGGGGGACCCUGGGGUGAGGCACAACUUCACCCGAAGCGGGACGUUCCUGCUCUCCCUGACUCUCUCCAGCAGGUUUAACAAGGCUCACUAUUUCACCAGCGUCUGUGUGGAGCCAGAGAUAGUCAACGUCACCCUUCUCCCUUCCAAGCACUUUGUGAGGCUUGGGGAAGAGAGCACCUUCCAGGUCAGUGCCGUGCCUCCCUACCAGUACCGCUACCGCUGGGAUUUCGGGAACAAUGAGUCUGCCAGAUCGAGUGGGACUGAGGUGACCUACACCUACAAGAACACAGGGGUCUUCCUGGUCACAGUGACCGUCUCCAACAAUGUCUCUUUCAACAACGACACAGCAUUUGUGGAAGUCCAGGAACCAGUUGGGGUAGCAAAGAUUGAGUAUAACGGGACAGAUGUUUUGGAGCUGAACCAGAUCUACCUAUUCUCUGCCAGCAUGAAUGGAACCAAAGUGAGUUACUGCUGGGACUUUGGAGAUGGCACUACCCAGCCUGGGCAAGUAGCCACCCACUCCUACAACAGCACGGGCCAUUACAGCAUUACUGUGAUGGGCCAGAACGACGUGAGCUCUAACGAGACCACCAUCGACGUCACCGUGAAACGUCGGCUCUUUGGCCUGACCAUCAAUGCCAGCAGGACAGUGGUGCCACUGAAUGGGUCGGUGAGUUUUGUAGCCACCCUCGUGGCUGGCACUGCCAUCCGCUACUCGUGGAUCCUCUGCGAUCGGUGCACUCCUAUCCAAGGCUCCUCCACAAUUUCCUACACCUUCCGGUCCGUGGGCACGUUCAACGUCAUUGUGACAGCAGAGAACAAGAUCAGCUCGUUGCAGGACAGCAUCUACGUCUACGUCCUAGAGCAGAUUGAGGGCCUGCAGGUGGCCAGCGGUGACCUGGUGGAGGACAUGUAUUUCCCAACAAACAAAACACUCCAUUUGCAGGCGGUGGUGAGAGAGGGAACAAACAUCUCCUACAGCUGGGUAGUCCAGCGGGAUGGCAAUGCUGUGCAGACCUCCACUGGGAAAACCUUCUCCUUUAGCGUCCCCGAAGCUGGGAACUACACUGUCUAUCUGAAGGCCACCAAUAUGCUGGGAUGUGCCACUGUUAACAGGACACUGGAGUUUGUUGAAAGCCUUGGUCUCCUAAAGCCCUAUGCCUUCCCCAACCCAGCUGCUAUUAAUGCCUCUGUUAACAUAAGUGCCACCAUAACCAGUGGCACUGGCAUCACGUACGUGUGGUACCUCGAGGAUGGCUCCUCUCCUGUUACUUCUGAACCCUUCAUUAUACACUCCUUCCAAAGCCCUGGGGUGAUCGAGGUCGUCGUCGGAGCAGAAAACAAGCUGAAUUCAACCAAUUCAACAAUUUCUAUCUGUGUAGAGGAGGUUAUAGAGGGGCUGAGUAUAGGGACAGCAGAGCUGGACUGUAGGUACGUCUCAUCAGGCUCCACGGUGGUCUUUGAGGGGGAGCUGCAGAAAGGGACUGAAGUGACCUGGCUUUGGGAGGUGCCCAAUGGCACCUUGACUGGCCAGUCUGUGGCAGUCACAUUCCCUACGGCAGGGCUUUAUACAGUCCAUCUGAAUGCAUCCAAUGACAUCAGCUGGGCUCUGGCCAGCAGGAAUAUCUCAGUACUGGACAGGAUCCAAGGUCUGGAAGUUCUCGCCAGCAAGAAGGUGGUGGAGCCAGGGGAGCAGGUCACCUUUGUGAUCAGGAUGUUGUCAGGUACCUCUGUGAGUUACCUGGUGAGCAUAAGCGGGGACUACUCUGUGGUGCUCAACGGGUCCAGGUACACCCAUGAGUUCACCAAGAGCGGCGAUUACCUGGUGACCGUGACCGUGCAGAACCAGAUCAGCAUCGCACACGCCCAGGUGCUCAUCUCUGUCCUGGAGGCCAUCCGGGAUGUCAGGCUCCUGAACUGCUGCGAGGAGGGCAUCCCCACGGGCACGGAGAAGAGCCUCAGUGCCCGUGUGGGGAGCGGCUCCCGUGUGUCCUUCUCCUGGCGGUUCUCCCUGUGGAAAGAGCAAGGUCAGUCCGUGGUCACUGUGUCAGGAGAGAGCGUUUCCUACACUCCAGAAGCUGCAGGGCUGCUUGAGAUUCACCUCAGUGCCUUCAAUGACUUGGGAAGUGUCAAUAUCACCAGAACCAUCCAGGUCCAAGACCCGAUAGUCCAGGUCUCCCUCUCUGCCUCCAAUGCCUUUGUCAACAGGACAGCACUGUUCGAAGCCACAGUGGUGCCCAGCAGCAGGAGCGUUGAGUUCUUGUGGAGCUUUGGGGAUGGUUCUUCCACUCAAACAACCAGGGUUACAGUGGCCAACUAUUCCUACCUGAGCCCUGGGGAUUACCUGGUGGAGGUGAAUGCCACCAAUCUCAUCAGCUUCUUCAUAGCCCAGCUCACUGUCACCGUCAAAGUCCUGGAGUGCGAGGAGCCGGAGGUGGAGUUGGCCUUGCCCCCCCAGGUGGUCAUGAAGCGAUCCCAGAGGAACUACCUGGAGGCACAGAUUGACCUCCGAGGGUGCAUCAAGUACCAGACAGAGCACCUGUGGGAGAUCUACCGAGCACCCAGCUGCAUGGACCUGGAUGACUCCAGCAGGAUCCGGCUGCCGAACGUUGACGUGAACAGGCCCCAGCUGGUUAUCCCGAAGCUUGCCCUGCAAGUUGGGAACUAUUGCUUCAUGUUUAUUGUCUCCUUUGGAGAUACCCCACUGUCCAAAAGCAUCUUUGCCAAUGUGACUGUGAUCCCAAGUAAGCUGGUCCCAAUCAUUGAUGGGGGAUCAUACCGUGUAUGGUCCAACACUCAGGAUUUAGUCUUGGACGGGGAGAAGUCCUACGACCCGAACUUGGAUGACGGCGAACAGACCCCGCUGUCGUACGAGUGGUCCUGUACGUACUCCUCCAAGCAGAGCUCGGCUGCAGGGUGCUCUCUGAAUUUCAGUGCCAGUGAAGGAAUUGUCACAAUUCCCAAAGCUGAAUUAGAAGCAGAUGUGGCGUACACGUUCGACCUCACCGUCAGGAAGGGGGACAUGAGUCCUGAGGCCACCAACCAAACCGUGUUCAUCAAGAGGGGAGGAGUCCCUAUCGUGUCCCUGGAAUGUGUUUCCUGCAAGGCUCAGUCUGUCUACGAAGUCAGCAAGAGCUCCUACGUCUACCUGGAGGGGACCUGCCAGAACUGUCACAACGACUCCAAGCUUGGGAGAUGGGCAGCACACAGCUUUAAGAACAGGUCUCUCAUCCUGGACAAAACAACGACCUCCACUGGGGACACGGGGAUGAACCUGGUGCUGAGGCCGGGGGCACUGAAGGAUGGCGAGGGCUACACCUUCACCCUGCACAUCACAGACCUCACCACGGGGGAGGAGGGCUUUGCCUCCAUCGACCUGCUCCCCAACCAGCCCCCUACGGGGGGAGAGUGCUUCCUGUCUCCCCAAGGACCCCUCAGGGCGCUCAUGACCAAGGUGCACUUUGAGUGUGCAGGCUGGCGGGACACGGAGGACGCGGAGGGCCCGCUGGUGUACAUCCUGCUGGCCUCGCGCCGCCGCCGCGGCCACUUCCACGAGUUCUGCCUCUACAAGGGCAGCCGGGCCGAGCACGGCGCCUUCCUGCCCCCCGGCUUCCACGAGAGCGGCUUCCAGGUGUCCGUGUCCGUCCUCGUGCAGGACCAGCUGGGAGCCACCGUGGUGGCCAUUAACAGCUCCAUGGAAAUUGGCUUACCUGAGGGCUUUCCCAGCCUUUCCCACUGGCUCUACAACCAAACUGACACUGUGCUCCAGGGAUUGGUGAAACAGGGGGACCCUCAGCAGGUCAUUGAGUACUCCCUGGCCCUCAUCACCAUCUUAAAUGAGUAUGAGAGAUCCGUGCUUCUGGAACCUGAGGCUGGGAAUGAAUUUGAACUCCGGACCUGGACUCGCAACAACAUCACGGAGACCCUGAACUCUCUGAAGGUGAACACUGUUGAUGACAUCCAGCAGAUCUCGGCGGCCCUGGCGCAGUGCACGGUGGCGAGCAAGGAGCUUGUGUGCAAGUCGUGCCUGACAAGGACCUUGAACAAGCUGGAGACCAUGAUGACCAUUCUGCAGGGGGAAACAACCCAGGGCACUGUGACUCCGACCGGCAUCGCUGACAACAUCCUCAACAUCACAGGUGACCUAAUCCACCUUGUCAAUACGGUUUCACAAGAAUCCAAUCCCCAGGAGCUGCUUGCUGAUUCCCACAGCUUGCUGCUGGCUCCCAAAGCCUACAACCUGUCUUCCAGCCUGAUGCGCAUCCUCAUGAAGUCCCGAGUGCUGAACGAAGAGCCCCUUGAGCUGGUGGGAGGAGAAAUUAAGGCCACAGGCAAGAGGUCUGACCCCUUUAACUUGCUUUGCUACGAAAACACACCAAACUGCCAGUUCUCCAUCCCCCAGGCCUUCAACUCCACCCUUUCCAACCUGACGGAUGUCAUUCAAGUCAUGUUCCAAGUGGACUCCAAUCCUUUCCCUUUUGGUUACAUCAGCAACUACACUGUGUCCACCAAGGUGGCCUCCAUGGAGUUCCAGACACACAACGGGGUGCAGAUCCCCAUCGGGAGCCUGGACUCGGAGAAAGCCAUCACUGUGAUGGUGUCAAACAACACAGAUCCCGACAACCUCGCUGCUGGCACGGAAGUCAUCGAGCCAAGGACGUCUGUGAACCUGAUUGUGAACAUGGAGAGCAACAACAGAGAAGCAGGACUGCAUUUCCAGCUCACCUACAGAGUCCUCAAUGAUCACUACCUUGCCAGCGAGCCCGAGCCGUUCAUCAUGGCCUAUCUCCAUCACGAGCCCCAGCCCAACGAGCACAACUGCACUGCCUCCAAGAAAAUCGGCCUGGAUGCCCUGGCUGGAAGUGACCACAAACUCUACACCUUCUUCACCUCACCCAGAACGGAUGAUCCCAUCCAGAGAUACUACCUGAACAUCACCAACCACUUCAGCUGGUCUCCGGUGGAGGUGACGCUGGGGCUCUACACGUCCCUGUGCCAGUACUUCAGCGAGCGGGAGAAGCGCUGGAAAACAGAAGGAAUUGUCCCCCUGGAGGAGACCAGGCCAGACCAGGCUGUGUGCUUAACCCAGCACCUCACUGCCUUUGGGGCCAGCCUGUUUGUGCCCCCAAACUCUGUCCAGUUCAUCUUCCCUGCCCCAGGCCCAGGCCUGAACUACAUCGUCCUGCUGACGUGUGCCGUGUGCUUUGUGACCUACUCGGUGGCUGCGCUGAUCGUGCACAAGCUGGACAUGAUCGACCUGCACCGGGUGGGAGUGAUUCCCUUCUGCGGGAAGAACGGGAUGUACAAAUACGAGAUCCUGGUGAAGACGGGCUGGGGCAGAGGAUCAGGUACCACGGCCCACGUGGGGAUCGCCCUGUACGGGGUGGACAACAGGAGUGGUCACAGACACCUGGAUGGGGACAACGCCUUCCACCGCAACAGCCUGGACGUGUUCCAGAUCGCCACGGAGCGCAGCCUCGGCAGCAUCUGGCGCAUCCGCAUCUGGCACGACAACAAAGGACUCAGCCCCUCCUGGUACCUGCAGCAUGUCAUCGUGCGGGACCUGCAGAGCAGCAAGAGCUACUUCUUCCUGGUGAACGACUGGCUGUCGGUGGAGAGCGAGGACAACGAUGGCAUGGUGGAGAAGGAGGUGUUUGCUGCCAGUGAGACGGAGCUGAGGAGCUUCUCGCGGAUCUUCGUGGCGGAGCUGCAGCGAGGCUUCUUUGAGAAGCACGUGUGGCUGUCGCUGUGGGACCGCCCGCCCCGCAGCCGCUUCACCCGCGUCCAGAGGGCCACCUGCUGCUCCCUCCUCAUCUUCCUCUUCCUCUGCGCCAACGCCGUGUGGUACGGCGUGGUGGGCAACGUCCACCUCAGCAACGUGGCCGUUUCCAACCUGAUCCCUGUGAGUGUGGACACAGUGGCUGUUGGUCUGGUGUCCAGUGUGGUGGUUUAUCCCCUCUACCUGGUCAUUUUAUUUCUCUUCCGGAUGGCUCGUGGCAAGGUCUCCAUCAGCCACACAGUGACUCACUCAGACCAGCAGUCCUUGGAGAUUGACAACUACCUGGACUCCUCAAUCCUCGACAGCUCCUUCCCCACCUUCCCCGGGCUCCAAGCAGAGGCUUUCUCUGAGCAAACCAAAACAGAUCUGUUCUUGGAGGACUCCAAAAGCCUGGUGCGAUGGCCCUCCAGUGAGGCCCUGCUCAGCUGGCCAGACCUCCUCAGUGACCCCUCCAUCAUGGGCAACACCAUCCAGAAGCUGAAGAGAGGCCGGGCCAGCCGCCACCUCGGGCUCGAGGCCCCGCUGGCCACCGAGGAGGACAGUUUGUCCCUUGGCAUUCACCAGGGACAGCCUCGGUACUUCUCUGCCUCAGACGAGGAUCUGAUCCGGCAGAUCCUGGCGGAUGGAGCCAGCGGCAUCUCCCACUCCCAGGACCUGGGGCCGUACAUGAGGGCUGAAACAGAUCUGAUCUCAGGCCUGUCCAGUGUGUUUGGGGAGAAGGUGGAGACUGUCAUGAUGCAGAAGCUGAACGACAAAGGGCAGAGCAUGGCAGCUCCUCCCAGGGAAGUGAGCAGAUCAGCCAAGUCCACAUGGACAGUUGCAGACCAAACGUUCAGGAAGCGCUUGCUCCCACCCUGGUGCUCCUACCUGGCUCAUGGCAUCAGCCUCCUGCUCUUCGCCACCUCCACGGGGGUCUCCGUGUGGAUCGGGGUGGGCUUUUCCUCCAGCGUGGCCCUCAUGUGGCUCAUCUCAGGGAUAUUCAGCUUUCUGGCAUCCUUCCUGGUCUGGGAGCCCCUGAAGGUGCUGCUGGAAGCCCUGUAUUUCUCCCUGGUUGCCAAGCGCCUGCACCCCGGGGACGACACGCUGGUGGAGCAGCCCUGCGUGGAACACGUGUCGGAGAAGAUCAGCAAAGUGCCCCCGCAGGGCUUCGCCCUCUUCCAGGCCAAGGAGGAGGCCAGGAAGGUCAAACUGCUGCACAGGAUGCUGAAGAAUUUCCUCAUCUACAUGAUGUUCUUGCUGGUGAUCCUGCCCAACUACGGGGACACGUCCCGCACCAGCCGGGCCUUCCUCCUGCAGAGCUCCAUCAAGCAGCAGCUGGGCAGCAGUGAAUUCUCCUCAUCAAGAGCGGUCGAGACACGGGUGUCGGGGAGCUGCACAACAAGGGCGGGAGCAGGAGAGCACGCACACGCUGGGCACCGGCCGGCUGAGCGCCAGCUCCGCGCAGCAGGGUACGUGGGCAGGGAGCUCUGCUCCCACAGCGGGCUGGGGACAGUCCUGGAGGACCAAAUGGGCAGCCGAGUGCCAUGCCAGGACAUCCUGCCUGGCGUGGGCAGGGCCCAGAGAAGCUGCACUGACCAGCACAGCUUUGCCAGUGACUAUGGCACAGGCUCGGAGAGGGCAGCGGGGAAUGUGACGGCGGGCGUGGCAUCCCCACCGGACAUGGCAGGGAUCUGGUACUGGGGUUACAUCUCCUUCUACGACAGCAGCGGGUACGUGCAGGAGCUGGGCCCUUCAUGGAGGAGAGCGGGCCAGCUGGACUUCCUGCAGCAGCACACGUGGAUCGACAACAUGAGCCGGCAGUGUUUUGUGGAGCUGCUGCAGUACAACCAAGCGGACCUGCACGUGGCCAUCACCCUGCGCCUGGAAUCGGGAUCUGGCCAGGCCAUCGCGCCGCUCACCAUCAGACCCUUCCCGCUGCUGCGGGGGGGUCACCCUGCAGCUCUCAUGAUGGUCAGUGUGGUCUUCCUCAUGAUGUUUGUGGUUUACUGUGUGUCGGAGUCACUGUCCAUCAAGAAGGAAGGCAGAGCCUAUUCACCCAGUGGCAACUACGGCCAGUGGCUCUUCAUCCUGCUCACCACGAGCACUGUGGUGGUUCACCUCAGCCAGGCCACCCGUGACCAGCAGUGGCUCAAGUACCUCAACAACCGCAGGGGCUUCACCAACUUCUACCAGGUGGCCUUUCUCAGCUCGUUCAGCAGCCUGGCCGCCCCGCUCUUCCUCCUGACUGUGCAGGCUGCCCAGCAGCUGCGCUUCGUCAGGCAGUCAGUGUUUGGGAAGACCUUCCAGAAGUCGGCCAAGGAGCUCAUGUCUGCAGGGGUGGCCUUCACCCUCCUCCUCCUGGCCUACGCCCAGCUCGGCUUCCUGCUCUUCUCCUCCUCCACCGAGUCGUUCCGCAGCGUGGGCAGCAGCCUCCUGCUGCUGGCCCUGCUGGGGCAGCGGGAGCCUCCGGCCCUGCCUGCCCGAGGGGGCCUCUGCUGCCUGUUCUGCACCAGCUACAUCGUCCUGGAGGUGUGGAUCGUGCUGAGGCUGCUCACGGUGGUGCUGAUCCACAGCUACCGCGUGCACUUCGAGCUGUACCGACCUGCCUUCGAGCCCCAGGACUACGAGAUGGUGGAGCUGUUCGUGCGCAGGCUCAAGAUGUGGAUGGGCUUCAGCAAAGCCAAGGAGUUCCGGCACAAGGUGAGGUUCGAAGGGAUGGAGCCGCUGCCCUCCCGCGACUCCAGUGACUCCAAGUCCUUCCGAGGCCCCACUCCCAGCGCUGCCUCCGACAGCUCCAGGGCCUCCACGUCCUCCAGCCAGCUGGACGUGAGCCUCGUGCUGAGCACCCGGGACAGCCUGGAAGUGGACGGAAUCCAGCGCCUCCUUUCCCUCUUCGAGAUGCUGCUGGCCCAGUUCGACCGCGUCAACCAGGUGACGGAGGACGUGUCCCGCAUCGAGCUGCUCCUGGAGGGCUCCCGGGGCCGCCGCUCCCGGAGGAGGCUCCGCGGCCCGAGGGGGCUGGGCAGGGGCUGUGCGGGGGGACCCUCCCCCGAGGUGUCGGACACGGACGUGCAGCCCCCGCGGUCCCCGCGCGGUGCCGGGCCGUGCCGGGCGGCCGGGGCUCGGUGCCCAGCCGGCUCCUGCGGGCGACCGGGGCGUCAGCGCGGUGGCCCCGGGCAAACCCUUGCUGUGGCCGCGCCGGCCGUGAGGAAGAAGCGGCCCCUCCGUGCCAAGAACAGGGUGCACCCCACGGUCAAGUAACCGUGGGGGGUUAUGGGUGCGGGAGCGAUGCCCUGGCAGGGCACAGGGAGGGUUCGCCAAGGGGGGCUGUGCCCGCCCUGCAGCCUCAGGAGCUGCCCCGCGGCUGGGCCGGCCGGGGCACACGGGGCGCUCCCCCACGCCGCUGGCACGGCCACCAGCCUUCCCGGCCCCCCGGGGCAUUCCAGUUACAGAGCGGGGAGAAGGCCGAGCCUUUCCCUGGGGCCGGGCAGGUGCAGGAGAUCCCGUUGGAGAGGGGACUGGGGUGGGUGUUAAGUGGCCCCAGCUGCGGGUGGUGACGGGGGUGGGCAUUGGGUGAGGGGGGCAAAGCUCAGCCCCUUCCCUGCUGGCUGGCCGGAUGGGAAAGGACAGGAGAGCCCCAGGCCUCGAAGGUUUGAACCAAGUCUUGGAUUUUUGUCGACCAGACGCACUGUGGAGGAAAGCGACAGCUUUCGAGAAGGUAUUUAACCCACCUUGUUUUUUAAGCGUAAAUAGAUUAUAGAUAAAUGCUAUCUACGCCCAGAUCAGUUAAUUUCCAGUAUUGGCUACUUUUAUCCUCCAGAAAUUGGUACUAUUAUUUGUAUUUAAAGAAAUCCAAUAUUUAAAACAAAGGACAUUGCAAGCUCCAGCGAGCCUGGCCAGGCUGGGGGGGACAGGGAGCAGCAGCUCAGCCCGAGGGCUUUGAGACCCCGGGGCUGCUCCAGCCUCCUCCAAUUUGGGGUUCCCAAGGUGCUGGUGUCACCGUGGUCCCCACCCGUCCCUGUCCCCCCGCCGUGGCCCCGGGCACUGCUGGCUGCUUGGCUUCUCUAACCAAGGAAUGUAUUGCCCUAAGUAUAUGUAUUUUUUGGUUUACUUGUUCCUAUGUACUGCCCAGCACUUUAAACAAGGCUUUCCUCGGCUACAGUGACACGUGCGAGCUAAGAACGGGAUAAUAUAUCACAAAAGCAGUAUUUUGUUUGUUUAAAUCAUAAACUGAAAUGGGCAGGAGGCGAGUGCAGCCCCUGCUCAGGCAGCACCUUCCCUACAGCACAAAGGAGCUCCUGAGGGAGGUUUUUUCGGGGUCCCUGCAGCCCUGCCCCCUGGGACUGGCCGUGUGCUGGGCUACAGCUGCUGGGCUACAGCUGGGCUGUGCCACGGGGCACCCCCAGCUCACAGCAUGGGGGUGCAGAGCAGGGCCUGGGCCCCCCCCGGGGUCUGCAUUCCCCUCCUCAGCCCCAUUUCACCUUAUGGCUAUUGUAAGUAAUUUAUAUGGGGUGUUUGGUUUUUAAAUGUUAUAUUUUGUAUGUUUGCUAUUAUUGCAUAGCAUCGGUACCGGUUUGAAAAAUGUAGAUAGGAGACAGAAUACUAUUGUCAGAGUUAUUUAAAGGAUGUAUUAAGUGCUUCUUCCUGGGAAUGUCCCAUGUAUAUAAGGAUUGGGUGUCUGUGUGUGUGUGGUGCGUGUGCUCCCCUGGCUGAGGGUCGGCCAGGCUGGCUCGGGGCAAGGGGGGAAGCCCCCAGGGGGUUCCUCCGUGUGUUCCAGAACCUGCUCCAGGCUUUGGACAGGCCAGAGGGUGGAGGGGAAGCUCAGGUGGGCAGUGCUGCAGGGGAGGUGCCUCGGGUCAGCUGCACUGUGCCUCUGAUGCUCCUGGAAGCACCUUCCUAUGGCAGGGGAGACCUUUCCAGGCAGAGAGAGGGGUCUCCUAUGGCACUUCCAUCGCUCCAUCACCUGCUGAGCCUCCCAGCCCAGCUGUGCUGGAUACUUUUUAAGAUUUCAUUCCAUGAUCCAUGUGCUUCCUUGGCUACAUCCCAUCUGGGUGGCUGCAGGAGGACAGUGAGUACUCUUGGCUUUAGACAGGUUAAGUUACCUCUGGAAAACUCGGCUGCUGUGCAGGAUAGAUGCUGUGGAAAGGUUGCAGAGGGAUGAGGGGGGAGAAGAGAAAGAGGAUCAGUUAAAGUGAGCUGGUGGUUGGUCAGUGUGGAGGUGUUGGAAGAGCAGAUGGCACAGAAAGUGGAGUGUAGAGGGGAAAUCCAAUCCUGGUAACCAGGACACGUUGGUAAUGGCAGGAAGGCAGGUGGGAGAUGACAGAGAAGGUCAGAGGCCCCUCCUGCUCAGGGGCAGGAGAUUACUGGAGCAGGCAGAACCAGCACUUAGUGGCUGAGCCCAGGGCUGGGGCCAGGCAUUGGUCAGCUUUGUGCUCUGUGCUCCAAAAAAACUCUGGUUUUCAAGCCAGAGAUGUAAAACUGUUGGCCUUGGAUUUUUUUGUCCCUUUAGCUUCCCAGGCAGCACAGCACCAGGCUCUGCUCUGGCAGAUGUCUGUGACUUAUUUGGUGACAAUUCCAGUGCAAGCCCUGUCCCCAAAUCCCCAAGGCAGUAACAGGAGCAGUGGUGAGGUGUCCCAGGGACCUGGAAUGUGUCCCUGCAGCUGAUCAUGGCACAGGGCUGGAGUCACAUCCAGCUCCUAAGCUCCUUGCUCCACUCACAACUGCUCUGGCACAGCCACGUGGGUGUAGAUCCAGGAUCCAGCCACCCCGAGGGCCCUGGGGGAAUGUUUAGUGAUUGAAAUGAACCAAAUGAACCAAGCAGGUCUUGGAAAUCUCUUGAAGAGCCAAAAAUUUCAGUUCACGACCCAGAGUUUAGUUCUCAGCUUGAGUAUCCUCAUUAAAAGAGGUCGGUGGUGAAGUGCAGGAAGGAGAGAUGGAGGCAAGAGGGGUGAGCAGGGCCCCAACUGCCUGGAGCAGCCCUUCCUAAGCUAAAGGGGAAGCUGUAACAAGGACACUCCCCAAAUCCAUCAGGAGUUUUGUUCCCAAGUGCCUGUUCCUUACUAAGCUUGCCCUGUGUGUAUGUGUGUGUGUGACUUGAUGUGUGUGACUUACCAAGUGUCUUCUAAUCAAAGAGGAGCAGAAAUGGGAUCAGACAACUGCCCUCCCUCUGUCCUCCCCUGGAAGAAUGGAGAGCAGCUCUGCCCCCCCCCCCCAGGUGUUUCCUGAAGAGCCCAACCCCUCUGUGGUGGGCAGCACCCACAGCUUCCAGCACUCACAGUUCUCAGAGCAGCAGUUAUUUGUUCAAGCAUCCCAGGGUCCCCUCAGUGUCCCAGCUAAGGCACAGCUGCAGCCACAGGGACUCAAGUCAGGAGUUACACCCUCACAGCAAUAAACUUGACUUGCAGCCCUUGCCAGUGAAUCCCCCUGAAUGUAUAUUUCUGUGUCUGUAGUCACCAAGAGAUGGUUUCUUAUUUAUUGUCAUAAAUCUCACAACGCUGCAUCAGGAUCAAGCUGCUUAAAUGAAAAGCAAACCCCGAUCCAUUAGUUCCAAGGGAGAGGGAGGGACUUCUCUAAGUGCCUUUUUUCUUUUUUUUUAAAGAACAGUGAUUGUGAACAAAAUGCCAGUGGUUCCUGUCGGGUCAGCAUUUCACUGCAAACAAAAAUGGUGUUUUGUAACUGUGGGGAUGUUUCUUAAAAACUGACAAGGUCAAAUAAACACUGACUGCUACAACCU